GGGGAGGAGCAGCGGAGGAGAGCAGAGACCGAGCCCGGAGCAGCGCACAGAGACCCGGACAGAGACCCGGACAGAGACCCUUUCCGCUGCAGCACCGGACACGUUAGACCCACAAAAGUUGAACAGGGCCAUGUGGGGGUGGCUCUGGGGGCCUGAGCAGCCAUAUAGCGCCCCCCGCAGGCUACCCUCAGAGGUGGUGUGUGAUACUCUGAUGCUGGAGUUGUCGUGGCAGUGCAGAGAAGCCCAGCGCAUGCACCGAGAGAGGGAGAGCAACUACCAGCGCUUGCGCUCCGGAGUGGACUACAGCUGGCUCCAGAGCGCCCCCCGCAGCAUGCACAGCCUCAGCACAGGGGAGAGACUGGGGCUGGAGGAUCUGUGCUCACGUGUGCCCUCCUCCCACUGUGGACUCGUCAUUCUCAAGUUCCGUGAGGAGGUCCAGGCCCAUGAGCCAGAGGUGCAGGAGGUGUCAGGGCUGUUCCGCUCUGUGCUGCUGCAGACUCUGGAGCAGCUCAGGGAGGAGCAAGACGCUCUCAGACUGGCGCAGCAGUGGAGCACCCACAAACGUGCCAUGUCUCUGGUCAACUUUAGGUCCCGCCUCCGCAUCAACCCCUUCGGCAGCACCCUGGGGCUCACCUCCACGGCGGCAGCAGGCGACCAGCGGGGGGCGGGCCUGAGCGAUCUCCAAACUGUGUCCCAGGACGUGGAGAGGGGCGCGGAGAGGGAACAGAGGGUGUGGAGCAUGCCCGACUUUACGCUCCAGGGUGCCAGCAGCAAAGUGCUCUGACAGGACAGGAGCAGGGAAGGGGUGGGGCAGAGGUGCGACAGGAUUGAGACAGGAGCAGGACAGUACUUAAAGCACCAGGGCAGCAGCACCAGCAGCUGGAGUGGAAUGACAGGAGCAGGACAAGAGCAGGACAAGAGUGAGAUGGGAAUGAGAAAGGAGCAGGACAGGAGCAAGACACUAAUCAAACACACUUCAACUAAUAAUACAGCACAAUCAAAAUUUCAAAAUCAGAUUCUCUUGCCCUAAAUAAAAAAUAAAAUAUCUGCUGAGAAGUAUCAGUCGUUUUACCGGACUAAGCACAGUACAUCCCCUGUACCGCUUUUGGACAUGUCCCCUGUACUGCUUUACAUGGACACGCCCCCUGUACUGGACACACCCCCUAUCAUCAGAGUCGUCAUCAAACCCACUCUGGACCAAAUAUCACACGUUUGCCCAAUAGUGACAUAACUGGGCUACUUUACAGACGGGUAGUACUCACUUACAUUUACUCAAGUACAUUUACUUUUAGUACAAUUGCACUUCUCAAAGUAGUUUUCAGUCCCAUACGUUUACUCCUACUUCAGUAAUAUAUUGCAGUGUAACAGUACUCUACUUAAGUUUUGAUUACUCUUCCCACUGUGAGUAAAUCUACAAGUGACAAGUUUUAUGUUGACAAUAUGAAAUUAUUUUAACAUUUGUGUUUCUUGCAGCUCCUUCAGAUAUGAUUUUGUUUCAUUUUUGUGGUCUGUCCUUUGAAAAAUGCCACACUUUGUGCAUUAUUUAAUCUUUUGUUUUAAUUGCAUUAAAUAUAAAUUAUAAAUCUGAUACUGCAGACAGACAGUUCACCUACUUUUAUUUGUGUGUCCCCAAAUACUUUUUUAUUCAAGUCAUUCCUUGUACCACUAAUUUGUAAUCCUAUGAGUAGGACUUACUUGAGUACAAACAUUUGCUGCUUGUGUGUGUACCAUGAUAAGAGUAAACUUGGAGACUAAAGUAUUUUUGUGUGGGUUAAUGUGGCCUAGUUUCUCUCACGCUUCUUUUCCAUUGUUUCCAUAAUGAGUUGCAUUUAUGUGUGAUUUAUAAACUGGAAUAAAACUGAC